AUGGAUAGAAAACUCAGAGAUUCGGGAGCGUCGAUCGAUCUCGAAGCUAGCUUGGAAAGUCUAAAGCUGAAAAUGGAUGAAAAGGGAGAAGUAAGGGAUUGGAUCGAGAACAGGAAACGUAUGGAGAUUCUGCUGACGGGAAGAACAGGAACGGGGAAGUCUACACUUGUCAACGCUCUCGUGGGGGUACGUGCGGCUGAAACAGGGAGCAACUUGCUUGUAACAACGAAACACGUAACGGGCCACAAGGUGAUGUCGACCGAAGGAAUGGAGAUUGUGGUAUGGGACUCGCCUGGCCUCCAGGACGGCUCGGGAGAGGAGGACGAUUAUCUUGCCAAAAUGAAAGAAAACUGCAGCAACGUUGAUAUUAUCAUUUAUUGCAUCGAUGCGUCAGUUGCUCGGGCUCAAUUGGGCGGUGCUGCAAUGGAACAACAAAACGAUCUCUGCGCAAUUAAACAACUGACAGCGAAUUUUGGUCCAAAAGUGUGGGAACAUUCCAUCUUUGUCUUGACCCGUGCGAACUCGUUGGAAGCAUCCCUGAAUGUGAAGGGUGGCUGCGAUGACAAGUUCAAAGAGAGGUUAGAAGAUUGGGAAAAGAGAAUUCAUGCAGCACUCGAGAAAGAAGGCGUACCAAAAGAGAUCGUAAAUGAAGUACCAGUAAAGCCAGCUGGUCACCCCAAGAAGCCUAACCUUCCUGGUGGACAUGAAUGUUGGCUCAGUGCUCUCUGGUUUACUUUUAUAAAACGUGCAAAAGAUCCAUCCCAGCCAAUGUUUGCAAGAGUGAGUCAACAUCGGUUUAAGAAAAAGCAAGACGUUACCCCUGAUGACUUCAAGAAGGAAGGUUGUGCUCAACCCAUUUUCGUAGACCCUCUUCAGGAACAAUAUCUUGUUUAUCUUUUUGCUCGACUCUGCACUAAAAUAUUAUUUUAA